CACAGCCAUGACCAGCUGCAAUAGCAGACUCUGGUUCUCGCAAGGCCACACGGCCUGCUUUCCGCAGAGCAGAGGGGCCUGGCCCACGUGGCCGUCCUUUGCAGGGUGGGGCCCUGAGUCCCUGGGACGGGCUCACGCGGUCCCUGCUGACCCUGCCCCUGCGCCUCUCCUCAGGGUCGGGAGCCCUGCAGUGCUACAGCUUUGAGCGCACCUACUUCGGCCCCUUUGACCUCAGUGGCAUGAAGCUCCCCAGCGUCUCCUGUCCCCUUGGAUGCUUUGAGGCCGUCCUGUCCCUGGACACUGGGUAUCGCGCUCCGGUGACCUUGGUGCGGAAGGGCUGCUGGACCGGCCCGCCCACGGGCGAGAUGCAGUCCAACCAGGACGGGCUGCCGCCCGACUUCUCGGUGGUGCGCGGCUGCGCGACUGACUUUUGCAACGCCCACCUCGUGACCCACGACAGUAUCCCCAACCUGAGCCCAGCGCCCAACCCACAGACGCUCAGCGGCACCGAGUGCUACGCCUGCGCGGGGGUCCACCCGGAGGACUGCACCCCCGAGAAGUCCCGACGGGUUCAGUGUCACCAGGACCAGAGUGUCUGCUUCCAGGGCAAUGGCAGAAUGACAAUCGGCAACUUCUCAGUCCCUGUGUACAUCAGAACCUGCCACCGGCCGUCCUGCACCACCAUGGGCACCACCAGCCCCUGGACAGACAUCGACCUCCAGGGCUCCUGCUGUGAGGGGCACUUCUGCAACAGGGACUCAGUGACCCAGCCCUUCACCAGCGCUUCGGCCACUGUCCCUUCCCUGGCGCCCCAUGUCAUGGCGCUGCUCCUCCCCCCGGUUCUUCUGCUGGUCGGGCUGUCUGCAUAGGCAGCCCCUCCAGGAGGCUGGGGGCAGGGUGCAUGCACGCCCUUCUCCGCCAUGCUUCAGCCCCUAUCAUGUGGCUUCCAGGAAAAUAAUGUCAAAACAAGAGUUGCACUCCUGUCCCUCUGGUCCUCCAUCUCUUCCUGCUGCUUUCCAACCACCACCCUUCCCCUACCUAGUCAGCAGGCCUGGAAGAAACUGGACACGGCCACUAGGAUCCCAGGAUAGAGAGAAACAGACACAUCCUGCCCCACAUGCAGAGCAAUUCUGACAAUAGCUUUCGCUCACUGCGCACCAGCCAGGCGCCAGGCAGCCCUCAACACGGCUUCCUGGGCUCUCCCUCCGGAGCCUGGUCACAGCUAGGGUGGUGUCUUUAUUGGUAUAUCAUCAUUAGAGGCACCAGCAUCAGUGUAUGCUAACAGAAGCCCAGGCUCUGGAGCUGGGCUGCAUGAACUUUAAUCCCAGCUCUCCUAGUCAGCCUGUAGGUGACCAUGGGCAAGUUCUUUAAGCUCUCUGUGCCUGUGUUUCAUCACCUAUAAAGUGGAGGUGAAAAUAAACUCUAUAAUAAGAAGACCUUCUUCACAGUGGUUGUGGUGAAGCAUUAAUGAGAUGAACAUAUGGUAACUGGGACACAGCAGUCGCCUAGUGUAAGCGGGCUAUUGUCAUAAUCCCCAAGUCACAGGCAGACAAAGUGAGAGACAAAGGCCCUUGCUUGAGUUCACGCAUCUAGUGAGUGGAAAACCAGGGGUCCAACUCCCAGCCCCAUGAACCGCUAGGCAACCCCACCUCCCAAACACAUGUGUGUUGAUUUGAUUUGACAGAAAAACACGUGACGCAAAGCUGAGUCAGGUGAAAUUCUCCAACCUGUGGAGGUCAGGGAAGACUUCCUGGAGGAAGUAAACCGUGAGCAAAGUCCUAAAGAAUAAAUAAGAGUUGGCAAAAAGAAGUAGGAGGAAGGGCAUUCUAGGUGGACGAGACAAAGGUCUGAGGUAGGAAGGAAGAUGAGGCAUACAGGACACUUACAUGAGCACAUGAACUUCAUAUAAAUGGAAUCCUACAGCAUGUCCUCUGUGCACAUGGUCACAAUGUUCCUUCACAUCCUUUCUGCCACUUGACCUUCCCAACAACCCAGUAGGACGAGCAAAGGAGUGAGUUGCAUCCUGCUACGGUCUGAAUGUUUGUGUCCCCUCAAAAAUUCAUAUUUUGAAAUCUAAUCUCCAAGGUGAUGAUGCUAGGGGGUGGGGCUUUUAGGAGGAGAUAAGGCUAUGAGGGCAGAGCCCUUAUAAGUGAGAUUAGUGACCUUAUACAAGAGGCCCCAGAGAGCUGCCUUGCCCUCCCACCAUGUGAGUACACAGCUAGCAGGUGCCAUCUAUAAACAAGAAAGCUGGUCCUCACCAGACAUCGCAUCUGCUGGUGCCUUGAUUGUGGACUUCCCAGCCUCCAGAAUUGUGAGAAAUAAAUCUCUGUUGUUUAUAAGCCA